GGUGGUGCGAUGGAGGAUUAAAAUGGUGAGGGUUGGAAAUGGCGAGCUGAGAAAGAUUGGCGACAUCAAAACCUUCCUUUGGACUGGUAUCCUCCAAUGAUGCUAUUUAUUCUCAUUUUCAGCUGGAUUGAACAGAGUUAAGAAUGCGAUUUACAGCUUCAGACUACCACAGGGAGCGAGUGUAAGGCUCAGUGCAGUUGAUUCAGUCAAUACAACCUCCCAGAUCCCCUCUCAGUUUGCUGGGAAGGCCUGCACCAAGUUGUUUCCUGGACUGAAGCUGUUGUCAGCAGAAAACAAAAGCGAAAGUAACUUUUCAGGAUCAGUCUAUUUUGAGCUCUCUUGGUCAGAGAGGAGAGCCCAGCAGGAGAAGGGGGUGUCUGUGACACACACAGUCCCCUCUUUGUACUCAGAUGGAGCAGGGUAACAGCCCGGGAGCGACAGCAUCAUGGCUGAAUGGGAAACCGUUCCAGUGGCAGAUUCAGGAUGGGAGCCAGUGGUUAGAUGUGGCCCAUGAUGACAUUAUAGAAGCACAAUACACGUUGCCGACUGUGGAAGGGAUCUAUGUGCACACUGCUGGAUACGGAACAAUCUAUCUGGACUUUGACAAGAUGGAAAUCAUUGGCAGCAACUUCAAACUACAAAGGCUGACCUUUCCACAAUCUCAGCGGAUGGAUGAAUACAGCUGGUAUUUUCUGGAUGAUCAUUUGUGGAGGGAAUAUGGAGUUCAGGGCACCGGCCUCAAAACUACAUUAAUCACAAGUUCUGAUAUUGAAUACAAGUUCCAGACGGCUCCUCAGGAUGGUUUCAAUUUUAGAAUUGGAAGUUUUAAUUACACCAUUAAUUUUCAAGCAAUGAUCCAGACGAAUGUUCAGACAGGUAUGAGGAGAAAGGUCAGAAGGAGACCCCGGUUUACCUCCAUGAAUCAGAAUCCAAACAGCACUUCAGGAGCAAUGGGUAACCCGGCUCUGUCAAACACCCUCCCCUCAUGCACUUGGCAGUUCAAAGGUGACCAUGGCUGUUGGCUGGACUACAGGAGACUAGGUGAAGGUGGGAUUGUUUGCUCAGUCAAUAGUCAAGAUAUUGAACAGCGUUAUCAGCAAAAUCCCCAAGCACCCCUGCAAUUUACUACUGGCCGCUUCCAGUACAGGCUGGAUUUGUCAGCCAUGACACAAAUCAACCUUUUAACUGGUACUAGGAGAACAGUGAGGCGUUUGGAAACACCUAGCCUUGGCGGAGCUAAUGCAAGCACCGGAAGCAAAGGAUUAUGGCAAUUCAUGGAUGAUGAAGGGUUGUGGAAAGAGUACUCACAGUCUGGAAUCCUCCAGUCAGUUUCAAGUGAGGACAUUGAAAGAAAUUACCAGAUGAACCCUCAAGGUUCCAUGAAGUUAUCUACUCAACAGUUCCAGUACAGUUUGGAUUUCUCAGCAAUGACACAGACCAAUUUGACAACGAGGAAGGUCAGACAAGUGCGUCGUCUUUGAAAGCAGACCAGAUGAGAAAGGAAGCAGUGGGCUAAAAGCUGGACUCUCAUGCACAUGGUGUGUUCAGACGGCACUCAGUGAACUUUGCAGCAGUUAGCCUCUAAUAAGCCUUACAGUUAACACCCUGUUGAUUUCAGAGCAACAAAUGCAGGGUUGGACAUACAAGUAUUUAAUGAAUUUUUUUGACAACCACCCUCUAGUUUACAACCUUCUCCAUUUUGGUAGCAGACAGGUUGUGGUAUUUCCCUGAAUGGAGGUCACGCUGCCCUGUGAGGAUUUGACUAUUGAACAGACAGGAAGUGCCAAGGAAGUCUCCGUGGUGUUUAUUAGUCUUGAUUUAGCUAUCAAACUACAUUAUACGCAAAGCCCCAACCUUUGUAAUGGGAACCAGAGACGCCAAUGAAUAUCAUUAAUAUUGACAAACCAAGAAUAUUUUUCCUUAAAUGCAGAUCUGGUGCAGUGCAAGAGUUAAUCCUGUUCCAAACAAUGAGUUGAACUUAUGCUAUUAUACAUUGUUAAAUUUUUUUAUGUUAAGGGGGAAAAGACAUGGUUUUAGAGACAAUGGGAACUGCAGAUGCUGGAGAAUCCAAGAUAACAAAGUGUGA